CUCAAAUUUCAACAAUAUUUUCUAACAAUCCUUAAUCUUCUCCAAGAAAAAACUUCAAUGGCACUCCCAAAUUUUGAUGCUCUAAGAGACUUGCACGAAUCGGCUAACGACAUGCUUCACUCCCCGGUGAUCAAACGAGAAAUCGCUCAUCAGGGUCAGGAGAAAUGGACACACGAGGUUUCAGAAACAUCGUUAAGGAUGUUGGACGUUUGUGGUACCACUAAAGAUGUUCUUUUGCUUGUUAAGGAUCACGUCCAUGAUCUGAAGUGCACGUUUAGACGAAUUAGUGUUGGGGAAAACGCGACAACAGAGAACAAGUUCGCGCCUUUUCAUUGCCAUAGGAAGAAGUUGAAGAAAGAGAUGUUAAAGCGAUUGCAUUCCUUGAAAGGAAUGAAAUAUAACACUAAGUGUAUCGAUUCAUCGUCGAUAGAUAAUGAAAAUAAUCUUAUGGUGGUUGUUAAUGUAUUAAGAGAAGUUAGAGUGGCAACAAUGUCAAUAUUGGAAUCUUUGAUGGCACUUAUGUCAAUGCCAAGUCCAAAUGUGACACGAAAAUCGAGUAAAGGGUAUUUUGGUCCAAAGUUAUUAAUGAGAGUAAAUAGCUUAAGUUCAUGGGAAAAAUGUGAUACGAUGACGUUACAAUGUGCUAAUAAAAGAUUAGAAGCCGUGGAAUUAGCCAUUGAGAAUCUUGAAGAAGAACUUGAAUGUAUUAUUCGAAGAUUAAUUCGAACAAGAGUUUCACUUUUAAAUUUACUUACUUAUUAGUAAAUUAAAGAAGAAAUAAUAAUAUUGUAGGAGCUAGUAAUUUAACUUCCUAUUAAUUAUUUGAAGGGCUUUAAUCUAUUGCCAAAUAUUCUUUUAGUU